AUGCACAAUCCAGUGCCGACGACCAACACCGGAAUCCGCACCGUCCCUUGUUUGCGUGGCGUGGGUGUGUCGGUGCAGCCAGCUGUGAUCGGUUGCGUCUUCUCGUUUCUGUCCAUCCACCUCGCGGCAGAGUUGCCCCGGCGGCUGUGGAAACACGUCGGCUCCCACAUCCUGAACCUGGUGGUCGACACCUACGACACGGCCGAGCGACGCUUCUGGUGCGGCCUGACAGGGCUGGCAUUCGCUGAUGCCUUGGCUUUGGGUCGGCUGCUCACACAGCUCCGGUCCAUAGUCUUCAUUUACCCGAGGAACAGCCGCGUCAACCCGCGCAAACCCUUCCCAGACUUCCCAGACCGCAGACGGGGCUACUGGGCGACCAGGGGAAACUGGUGGGGCUUCAUCUCGCCGCUGAGCCACGCGCAUGACGAACCAUUUCACAAGGCUGUGCUGAGUGCGGGGACCGACAUCAUCGCCGUCUUGGUGGAGGGGCACUGCGAGGAGCAGAGAGCCGCGGCGGUGGCUCCAGGGCCGCCGGCACGCGGCACGCUGGAGUCGAUCGAAUUCAUCAAGGGCGGAAGGACACUUGUCAUCGAGGAAGAUGAGUACGACGAGCUCACCUCCAUCCGACGGCAGGCUGCAGCCGACGGCCUCCCCGCCCCCCUCGACCCUCCUCCCAGCCUCGAUGCCCUCUCGACCAUCAAGGGCAUCGGCCACCACGACUUUUAUCGCCACGACCGACAUUGGCAGCUGCCGUCCCUCCGCUGCCUGAAGGACCUCCGAUGCACUCCCAACAGCCUGGCUGGUUCCCUCGCGCGGAUCUCCGUCGCAGAGGCGGGCCAGGCGGGCCCCCUGGCGCAGCUCGAGGACAUCGGCGUGCUGGACAUGCGGGACCCGCGUAAUGGAGACGACGGUAUUCUUGCGUACGGCAAGUGGAAGGAGGGGUUGGAUGGUCUGAAAGUACAGAGGCAGAGGGAGGAGGGAGGGAGGGAAGCAAUGGCGAUGUUGCCAUGAGGUGUGUCCAUGUCUCGACAUGCAGACCGUUCUCGACGACCGAGGCUGCCACUCCCUCAAGAAUGUGAGCGUGCGCUUCGAGAGCAUGUCAUUCGAUACCGACUUUUUGGCGGCUCUGUCGGCCAUCGAGACCUUCAAACAAACCGUAUGUGUGUGCGCCGCCGACAUCCCCGUCCACAUCAAGAUACCCGUCUUCGACCUUUCUGUCCUCUGCGACGUCGGACUCUCCACCCGCCCCGAGCCCGAGCCCUCCCCCGCCGUCGAGAGGCGAAUCCAGCAGAUGGCAGCCGACACACCGUGGGCGGCCUUCUUCGUCGCCCCCCACCACCUCACCACCCCUCUUGACACACCGAGCCCCGCUGCAAGCACCAGGUGUGUCUCUGCUACCAGCGUGGAUUCAAUUGAUGGGUUUGGCUGGCACCAGGUUUUUCUACUAUUCGCGCCUCGGCGAGCCAUGGGCCCACGCCAUAGCGACUCUCGACUUCUCAGGCAGACAAGCCGCAGAAGACAACACGGCAUCCAUGUAUGACCUCGUAUGUUGGGCACCUUGUUUGUGUUGUCAGGGUUGAGCAAAUGCGCGCAGAAAGAUGCGGCGCGUGGUAUCGUCCCGUUGAUCGGUGCGGCAGCCGGUAGUCAACUUCGUGCGUACUUCGACGCCAUACAUCUGACGGGGCCGCCUGGAACAUUGGCCAGGGCCUGUGGCCACGUGCUCUGGCAGGAGUUCAAAGGGUGGUCCGACAUAGAAGCAGGUCAGCAGGAGCCGAUGACAGUGCCGGUGGUGUGUCAGCCCGUCGCCUGCCCGUUUUUCUGUCUGUGUCCAGGCGGCAAGGUGUUCCCGAUCGCAGGUGCUUACUACGACACGCCUCUGGAUCCGUGUAUGACGCCCGCACGAUCCCCUGGUGACUUGACGGGAGAGCGGCACACCACAGACACGGUGUACCUUUAUCUGCAGCUGGCCUCGACCCACGCAUGCCCAUGGGCCUGUUGCAGCACAUCCUGAGACACCCAACAAUGUCGGCCAAGCAGCAUUUCUGGCUGUCGUGGUUCUCUCAGAGGAGCUGGCUGUGGAAGUCCUUCGAUCGCGACGAAGCACUGGCGGCCUCGCUGGAUUACGUCGACAUGCCCUACAGAGAAGUGAGAUGUCUCCCGUGACACGAGGCCGAUGUGACUGGGUUCUGUGCUCGGCUGUGUCAGUGGAAGUAUGGCAUCAAGACUUACGACAUUGAGACCAAGGAGAGCAUGGCACCCCGCAUCAGCUCGAUGCCUUUCCUUUGGCCUUCAUUCGACCCAAAAAAACAGGUGUCCCUUAGCAACGAUAACACGCACAUCCAGUAGCAUUUUUCUGUCGUUGCGUGUGCACGAUCAGCGGUUGAUCUUCCAGCGCAAGACCUUGCUGCCAACGCCCUCUACGGCAAAUAUGGCAUUACCAAGGAGGGCAAAUUCAGGCUGUACGUGA